AUGUCGAGUGAUGAAGAUAAACCACCUGCGCCUCCGGUACGGCUUACCAGUAACCGAGUUACAGAUCGUGGCGAUUCGGUGGCUUCUGUUGACAUGAGGCCACUGCCAAAAGAACCAGAUGAUGGCAGUGAUAGGAAAAAGAAAACAUUAAAAGCCAAAAUUAAGGGUUCCAAAAGUACUGCACAUAAUGACAACAAACCUAAUAUUAGCUAUCCAACAAAUUUUGAACAUACCGUUCAUGUGGGUUUUGAUGCAGUUACAGGAGAGUUUACACUGCCUAUGACAGGAAUGCCGGAAGCUUGGGCGCGGUUGCUUAUGGCCUCGAACAUUAGUAAACAGGAGCAGAAGAGUAAUCCACAAGCUGUUCUUGAUGUCCUCAAGUGGUAUGAUGCCUCUGCUACACAGCCACCCCCAUCAAAAUACAUGACCUCUGCACAGAUGCACACCACACAUUCAGGUUCAUCAGUAUCUCGAGUAUCAUCUAGCAGCCCUUCGUCCUCCACGCCUACAGAUACUGAACAUCCAGAACCUCCACCACCACCGCCAUCAAGGCCUGAUCGAACCAAGAGCAUUUACACAAAACCAAUAGAGGAGGAAGAGGCACCUCCGCCUAGGCCAGUUCCUGCUCCAGCCUCACCGCCACAUGUACCACAUCCUGCAAUUACUACACACUCGAUAUGCAGUAGAGUUGAAGUGAGCGGUUCACCGUUGCCGCUCGAUCGCAACAAGAACCCGACGGCUGCAGUGGCCGCGCCGCAGACACCGCCCGCGCACGCGCCGCACCCGCCGCACGUGCCGCCCGCCAACGGCGCGCCCACCAACAUGGACACCGGAAGAGCAACAGGGCAACAGCAGAGGAAAAAGAAGAUGACUGAUGAAGAAAUUUUAGAAAAAUUAAGAACAAUUGUCAGCGUUGGUGAUCCUAACAGAAAGUAUACAAAAAUGGAAAAAAUUGGCCAAGGGGCAUCAGGUACUGUAUUCACAGCUAUAGAAACAUCAACGGGGAUGGAAGUGGCUAUUAAACAAAUGAACCUUAGCCAACAACCGAAAAAAGAACUUAUAAUCAACGAAAUUUUAGUAAUGCGGGAGAAUAAGCAUAAUAAUGUAGUCAACUAUUUAGAUAGUUAUCUUGUUAGUGAGGAAUUAUGGGUAGUGAUGGAGUAUCUAGCUGGUGGCUCGUUGACCGAUGUAGUAACGGAAACAUGUAUGGAUGAGGGUCAAAUAGCGGCCGUUUGCCGCGAGGUAUUGCAAGCAUUACAUUUUUUGCAUACCAAUCACGUCAUACAUCGAGAUAUCAAGUCUGACAAUAUAUUACUUGGCUUGGAUGGUCAAGUUAAACUGACUGACUUUGGGUUUUGUGCGCAAAUAUCACCCGAGCAAAACAAACGGACGACUAUGGUAGGAACACCCUACUGGAUGGCUCCUGAAGUUGUUACAAGGAAGCAGUAUGGUCCCAAGGUGGACGUGUGGUCGUUGGGUAUAAUGGCAAUCGAAAUGAUUGAGGGCGAACCUCCGUACCUGAACGAAAACCCACUACGCGCUCUCUACCUCAUAGCGACAAACGGAAAACCUGAUAUUAAGGACAAAGAUAAACUUAGUACUGUCUUCCAAGAUUUUCUAGACCAAUGUCUCGAAGUAGAUGUCGACCGGCGCGCAACGGCGUUAGACUUAUUAAAGCACCCAUUUUUAAAGAUGGCAAGACCUUUAGCAUCUCUAACUCCUUUGAUUAUGGCUGCAAAAGAAGCGGCAAAAGGACAUUAG